UCUGUUUCAUAUUUAUUUUGUUCUUUUGUUAUUUUGAGGAUAAUAAUAGUGAAAUAUUUUGUAGAUUUUUCCUCUUUUUUACCUUGUGUUGAGUGGUCUUCAAAUUAUUGAACGUGAAAAAGUCACAAGAAAGUAUAUUUUUUAUAAAUAUUACUAGUUCAACUGCAUGAUUUCUGUUAAUUUAUUUGUUUUUAGUGGUGGCAUGUCGGCAUUUGGUUUGCAACUUUAGUAUGUCUAAUAUUUUUCCAAAUUUUAAUUAUAUAAUCAAAUUAAAUGCUUUUAGUGAUAAACUUUUGUAAUAGUCCAAAAUAUAGCUUUUUAAUAUAUAAAAAAAUAUAAUUAUGUUCUUUUAAUUUUAAAAGAUUUAAUAUAAUCUAACAUUUCAGCUAAAGCAGCUUUAUUUCUGUAUUUUUCCAAAGUUUCACUACAUGUACAAUAAAUUUAUUUUUGGUGAUAAAUUUUUGUAUACAUUAAACAACAUGAUAUCUUAUGUUAGAUAAUGACAAGACAAAAAAUCACAUAUUUUUGUGUGCCCCUCUGCUUGUAUGGUCUGGUUAGGAGUCAUUGGCAAACUGCCUGGUUAGUUCACUUUGCCAGACUGGUAUGCAACUAUGCACUCUUCACUCUUUUCAGAUUACAAGAUUAUCUAUCGUCCAUUGAUCCAGUGCAGGUUCCAAUGAUUUGCAAAACAACUAUCUAACCACAUUUUGAAAGAAAUGAAUGGUCAAAUACACCAUCGAGGAUGGACUACUAUCGAUCAACUAAAGAAACAUAGAGCAUAGCAAUUCGCAGAGUGGUCUCACUCAACUGCAAAAUUUCCCUAAGUUCGAAAAAUGCUUUGAAGGGGUUUAAGGCAUUUCUUUUCUGAUUGUUUAAACUUAAACUUGACUUACAAUAUGUAUGUUUUGGAUGAAUUCUGCUGAUGUUUGGUUUUCAAACUUGCACAUAUUUUUCUUUUGUACAUAUAGCAUCCUUUAAAUUGAUCAAUAAAUUUGAUAUUUUACCCAAAAAAAUUGUAUACGUCAAAAACUAAACAACAUAAGUAUAAAUAACGAAAAAUAGCGGGUUUUGGAUAUUAUAAUUUGUAAAAUAGUUUCAAAUUCAUAAAGAAACUUAGAAGAAGGCCAUAUAGAUUUUUUAGGUAAAUACAUAUAGACCUGAUAUAUGUUCAUUUGGGUGUUGAGUCAUCCUUUUUUUCUGAAACAAAUUUUUUUUUUUUUUGAAACAAAAGGUGUUGAGUUAUCCUAAAUUUGAAAAAUACACACAAGAUUUGUUUAACAUUGCUUGAUUACAUAUUUAAUAGCUGUAGUAGAGAGACCCUCUAAAUCAGCUAGAGAGACUCAGCCAAACACUUCCCAUUGUAAAAGCCCUUUUUGUUUAUUUUAUUCCUUCCAUAAACCCUCAUCAAAGUCUCCAAACUGGUUAAGGAUUCUUCUCCAGCGAUUGGAUUCAAGUUCUAUCUCGCAACGAGUUUUAUCGCUGCUUCAUUCGAUUUUGAAAGGCGUCGUUUUGUAAGUAAAUGGGAAGCAAAGCGAAGAUGUUCAAGUGGUCAAAAGACAUCACACCUUCACAGGUUAUCAAACUGAUGCGAGCUGAAAAGGACGUGGAGAAGCUGAUCUCUGUUUUUGAUUCCGCAACAGAAGAAUACGCAAAUGGGUUCUUACACGACCAGAGCUCUUUCAGUUACAUGGUCUCUAGGUUGGUCUCCGCCAAUAAGUUCAAAGCAGCUGAAGACCUUGUUGCAAGAAUGAAGGUUGAGAACUGUGUUGUUAGUGAAGAUACAUUGCUUUCGAUAUGCAGAGGGUACGGUCGAGUUCACAGGCCGUUUGAUUCUUUGAGGGUAUUUCACAAGAUGAAGGAUUUUGACUGUGAUCCUAGCCACAAGGGUUACGUGACUCUUCUUGCUAUUCUCGUUGAAGAGAAUCAGCUGAAACUGGCUUUUAAGUUUUACAAGAACAUGAGAGAGAUUGGUUUGCCUCCCACCGUUGCCUCUCUCAAUGUUUUGAUCAAAGCUCUUUGUAGAAACGAGAAGACGGUGGAUGCUGGUCUUAAGAUAUUUCUUGAGAUGCCUAAACGAGGGUGUGAACCUGAUUCCUACACGUACGGAACAUUGAUUAGUGGUUUGUGUCGGUUCGGAAGGAUUGAUGAGGCGAAGAAGUUGUUUGAGGAGAUGGUUGAGAAAGACUGUUCGCCAACUGUUGUUACCUAUACUUCUAUGAUCCACGGGUUGUGUGGAUCGAAAAACGUUGAGGAGGCAAUGAGAUAUCUAGAAGAGAUGAGGAGAAAAGGCAUUGAGCCGAAUGUUUUCACUUACAGUUCUUUAAUGGACGGUCUUUGCAAAGAUGGGAGACCUUUGCAAGCCAUGGAGUUGUUUGAGACGAUGAUGGCUAAAGGAUGCAGGCCAAACAUGGUAACCUAUAGCACUUUGAUCACUGGUCUCUGUAAGGAGCAGAAGAUUCAAGAAGCCGUUGAGCUUUUAGAUAGAAUGAAUCUUCAGGGUUUGAAACCUGAUGCUGGAUUAUACGGGAAAGUAAUCAGUGGGUUCUGUAAUGUCAGUAAGUUUCGUGAAGCUGCCAAUUUUCUCGACGAGAUGAUUUUAGGAGGAAUAACUCCAAAUCGUUUGACUUGGAACAUCCAUGUUAAGACAAGUAAUUAUGUAGUCCGAGGUCUUUGUGCCAGUUAUCCAACUCGCGCGUUUACUCUUUAUCUAAGCAUGAGGAGUAGAGGCAUCUCUGUUGAGGUUGAGACCCUAGACUCUUUGGUGAAGUGUUUGUGCAAAAAGGGUGAGUUUCAGAAAGCUGUUCAGUUAGUUAAUGAGAUAGUGGCUGAUGGGUGUAUCCCAAAUAAAGGAACAUGGAAGGUACUAAUAGGUCAUACAUUGGAUAAAACGAUUGUAGGAGAAGCUUCAGAAUCUCUUCUCAGAGAUUUGGAGAUCUAAAUACAAGAAAGAUUAGAUGAAGACAGCUGAAACAAACAAGUCGAAGAUAUUACAUUUAGAAUCAGAACAUCAUUUAGCAAUGGGCAGAGAGUGGAAAGCCAAUUCCAUGGCGUGUAGUAGGAAAUGUAGCAAACAUCAUACUGCAAAAGACUCCUAUGGCUACGGGCAAAGCUGUGAGAAGCUCAGCUACUUCAGCUGAUGGUUUGGGGAAGAAACAGUUGACCACAUUAUGAUCAAACAUAACCACGGCUCCAAACACUAGAAGCGUCAUAAAGGCAUGUGCGAAGUCUAUAAACUGUAGUCUGUAGCUUUUGGAACGUUCUUUAGGAAGAACAGCUUUGCCAUCGAUUAUCCAGAGGCCGUUGGUCGUGGCGAAUCCAUAGCAAACAGUUCCAUUCAAGUCCCU